UAAACCGACUGUGAAGUGAAUUUUUACUUGUUUACUGAUUUAUAGGAAUAAAAAGUAGUUUCUAUAAGUGUUUAACGUUCUAUUAAUCUAGUUAUCUUCCUUAAAAAUUGCCUUUGAAGCAUAUUGAACCAAAUGGCUAUCCAACUAGGAGAUAAAGUCACAGGAGGCUUUCAACAAUUUAUAAAUAUCUUAAUAACAAAAACACCUCUAUUCACUGUUUCCGUUGCACUUGUAACAUUCGUUUGUGGUGUAUUAAACGUUUUUCUUCCUGUCACCUCCUUUUUUGGCUUAAGCUUGAAGAAUAUUACCCAAUUCAGACUUCAUACACUAAACACCUAUCCAUUAGUUCAUCAUGGGUUUUUGACAUUUGUUUUCGGUCUUAUUGGUAUAUUCUUUUUGAUGCCACGUUUCGAGAAAAGAUACGGUACUAUAUGUACGAUUGCUAUGUUUUUUGGAUUUUUAGAAGUUAUUCCUGGAAUUGCCUUUUUAUUUGCUUGUUAUGUCUCUGAUUCUAAUACUGUUUUCGUUGGAAUUAGUGGAUGGACGUUUUCUUUGCUGACAAUGUACUUGAUGAAUCUUUUCUAUGACCUUCAUCCCAAGAUAUUAGCACUUCCACAGUUGGUUCGUAUGGUCUUGGCUAUUGCCGCUCCUUUUUUGAUACUUCCUUUCGAUUUUUCUGAAAGUAUUAUUUUACAUUUAACCGCUGUUGUUCUUUCUAUUAUCUUUUCCUUAGCUUAUAUGGACUUCUUACUACCCCCUGCGAGAUUCCUAGUGUGGAUCGAAACAAAACUUUCUCGAGUAGUUGAUGCUAUUCCUAACUACAUUUCUGUUACAGAGGCUUCCUAUUAUCAAGGAGAUGCUUUACCUGUACAAGAUUUAGGUAGCAACAGCGCAGGAAUUGUAUAAUUAUGAAAAAAAAGAGGCUGAACUUUUAGUGAACACUGCAGAGUCCUCAACUAUGGUUUUCACUCCUUUAUCUUCGAUUUAAUAAUUGAAAUUAUCACUUUAGUGGAUCUUACCCAAUCAUGCUAAGGACUCUUAUACUUGAAUCCUACAGUCGUCUAGUUGGAAACAUAUAUUGCCUUGUUUACGAAAUAUUACGGUUCAAAUUUACAUUUACGAGAGCACUCUUUCAGUUGCAAUGAAAUUUAUCUUGCAUAAACACGUAUGCCAACCUUUCUGCAAGGCAAAUGUCUUUUGUACCUAAUAAGAAAUGAAACUAUAAUAAAGAAUCAAAGCCUUCAACAGGAAAUUAUUGAUAGAAACUUUAUUAUCGCUAUAAAAGUAGUAACUUUUCCUUUUGUAUGAUAUUAUCUCGCGCUUUCUUUAUAUAAGUAUAUUAUUCUGCUAUAGCGGCC